AUGACUUACGCUAUGGACCGUGACAGCCGUCGGGAACGUGGCCAAUGGCGAGGCUGCCACACCUUUUCCAAUAUUAUCUGCGACGGCGACGCCCCUUCCAACAACGUACCCCGUUCUGGCGGGCUGAAAAUGGGGCAGACCUAUUAUUACUAUUACGAGGUCGACGGUUCCAUCGAAUCUCACGAUCCGGCCGUCCCAUCCACCACCGCCUGCCCGUACCUACCUGGUCAACGUGUCAACACCCUCUGGGUUCCCAUCGAGCAGUCUUCCCGCCAGCGGAGUGCUUCUGUCAACUCCCUACACCAGAGCAACUUCCAGACCAUGAACCCAGCCGACAAGUUUGUGACGCCCCGGCCGCCGCCUGCCACGCCGUCCGUCGUCAACACAUUGCCGCCCCCAGCCUCCGCCAUGGCCAUUCCCAACGAGCGGAUGCAGGUGGUGUCAUCUGGUGGCAACAACAUACGCCCAGAAUCUCCACUGCCUUCGUCAAGAUAUCUUCUUCGCCACCAGCGCUCGGUUCGUUCUCUGUCGCCAUCUGCAUCACUCUCUAUGUGGUCCCCACGGCGGCUGUUUGUCCGCCGCACCAGUCCCAGCCGGGAGGUGAAGACGGCCGAUGAGCAAGAAGUGGAGGAGGAGGAGAAGGAGGGUCCUCCUUUUGUCCCCUCAUCUUUCGGUAGCGAGAACGAUACCCACCUGCACCGACCUGUCCUCUCGUCGAGACUCGCCUCUUCCUCGUCAGCAUCAUCCAUCACAUCUGUCUCGCGCCUGCGCCACGGUGCUCUAGCGCCUAAAGCAUACUACCCACCAUCUGCAUCACAGGGCAGCCGGUCUCGGGAUAUCUCGCCCGAGUCUCUGCGGUGCUUCCUUGUCGACGACGCACCUCUCGAGAGCCUGACUGGCGACAACACUUCGACUGUGCCUGCCGUAGCUGUGGAUACGAAUAUGGCCGGCCAAGGCUCGUCAUUUUUCCUGUCGGAAACGGACGACGAGGACGAGGACGAUGGCAAGGACGACGACAAGGAUGAUGACAACACUCAAGAUUUUGAUGACUUAAUCGACGACGAUGAGCACAACUUUGCCACAUCGACCACGUCGGAGACCGCGCCGAUGACCAUCCUAUCACCGCCGCCGUCACGCAUCAUUACGCCAAAGACACAGGAAAAGGAGAAGGUGGUCGAUGUUGUGGCUGCUCGGCCUCUUCCUGAAGCGCCCACACGGGCGCCACCGGCCAUCCCGAAGCCGAUGGCAGAGCUGGCUGCUGCAGCUGCUGUGGGCGCCUCUGGGCUUCCCGUUGAGACCGCUGAAGAGGUCGCCGCCGAACCACCCACCGUCGAAGACACCAUGCUGUUGGAGACGCUCGACCUUCCGCAGCUCAAUCUCGAUCUAGAAUUCCCGCCCAUGUUGGCACCGCCGUCGCCCAUGUCGCUCUCGCCCAUGUCCAUGUCCAUGUCCACGUCGUCGAUGGGCGCCGCAUCGUUCCAGUCACACGAGGACGACAGCGACGGGGUUGAUGCUGCAUCUUCAGCGCCAUCGGCAAGAGGUCCGGAUGCCCUGUUCCUUCCUCCGCUUGAGCUUCCAUUCCAGGGCGAGAGAAGCAAGGCCGCUGCGUCCGAGUCGCAGCACCACCACCAUGAUCAGUAUCACCACCGCCACCACCUGGUGGCCGCCGCUUUGACCGGCAGCACGGCGACCUUGGUUCCCGGCCAUGGCCUCAUCGGCGCCGGCUCCAGCAGCGGGCUGGACGACCUGGUUGACGAGCUUGGUUGGAUGGCCACUGCGAUCCAGGGCUGA